AAUUAUGAUUGCCUCAGAGCAACUGGUGCAUGAAGCUUGUUUUUAAAAAUACUAGUGCCGCACAAGUAUUUUAAAAUACUGAGACACUGCAAAAAGGAGGACAAACCAUUCCAAUUCAAGCUCCAAAAAUGGCUUAUUUUGGGAAAACAAUAGAUGAUUUCUCAUGGACUUGUCUGAAGGAUUUUGAAUUCACUUCUUUCUGUUCGCAAAGAACCACAAUAGACACCAUAAAUCUACUUUUUGUGUGUUUCUUCUACACGUCUAUGAUUAUCAGUAUAAUCAGAAGAUGUUCUAUAAGUUGUAGUUUCAGGACAAAAUGGACUUUCCUUGUUGCCUCUAUCUGCUGCGCUAUUAUUAGCAUUGCUUUUUACAGUAUUGGCUUGUGGAUUCUCAUAGUCAAAACUGAUAACACCAAGCAACUGAGCUGGGUAGCUUGCGUUGUCAGAGGAUUUGUUUGGACUUCUUUGGCAGUUUCUCUGCUUGUUCAGAGAGAAAAAUGGAUCAAAAUUCUGAACUGUGCCUGGUGGACAUGUUCCUGUGUACUGGUUUCAUCUCUCAUCAUAGAGAUUCUGUUGAGAAAGCAUGCAAUAGAAAUUUUUGAUAUAGUACAAUGGCUUACACACUUCCUUCUUCUGUUUUGUGCCUUCCAAAAUCUAUGUUACUAUGUCUCUCAAAGUCUGCCAGAAAGCUUAUCUGAACCACUGUUAGCUCAAGAAGUUGACACUAAACAAACAGAACUAGGCCAUAGUACCUUCCUCAGCAAAUUGACUUUCUCUUGGGUUAACUCCUUACUCCGUCUGGGUUACUCAAAGCCACUAGCUCUUGAAGACAUCCCUUCCCUUCUUUCUGAAGAUGAAGCAGAAUUUGCGUACCAAAACUUUAUGCAUACAUGGGAAUCCCUUGUAAGGGAGAGUAGCAAGGACAAUACCAAAAACUUGGUUCUCUGGUCUGUUGUUAGAACUCACUUAAAAGAGAACAUACUCAUAGCUUUUUAUGCACUACUUAGAACCAUAGCUGUGACUGUUUCGCCUUUAAUACUUUAUGCUUUUGUCAACUACUCAAAUAGCAGGGAUGCCAAGCAAACAAAUCUCAAAGAAGGUCUUUCCAUAGUUGGUUUUCUUAUUCUCUCCAGAGUGGUUGAUUCUGUGUCCCAGAGACAUUGGUUUUUUGAUUCCAGGAGAUCAGGAUUGAAGAUAAGAUCAGCUCUGAUGGUGGCAGUGUAUAAAAAACAGCUAAAGCUUUCUAGCUCGGCAAGGAGAAGGCACUCAACAGGUGAAAUUGUGAAUUACAUUGCUGUUGACACAUAUCGUAUGGGAGAAUUUCCAUGGUGGUUUCAUAUAUCAUGGACUUCUGCAGUACAACUUGUUCUCUCUGUUGGUGUCCUUUUUGGUGUUGUUGGUGUUGGUGCUCUUCCUGGUUUAGUCCCACUUGUUAUAUGUGGACUUAUCAAUGUACCAUUUGCUAAGAUCCUACAACAUUGUAUGGCACAGUUCAUGAUUUCACAGGAUGAGCGUCUUAGAUCAACUUCAGAAAUUCUGAAUAGCAUGAAAAUCAUUAAGUUACAAUCCUGGGAGGACAAAUUCAAGAAUUUGGUUGAGAACCUACGUGCUAAAGAGUUCAUCUGGCUGUCUAAGUCGCAGAUGAUGAAAUCUUAUGGAACAUUUCUGUAUUGGAUGUCACCUACCAUCGUUUCUGCUGUUGUUUUCCUCGGUUGUGCUCUUUUCAAUAGUGCCCCGUUGAAUGCUGGAACCAUUUUCACAGUUUUUGCAACGUUGAGGAACUUGUCAGAACCUGUUCGAAUGAUUCCAGAGGCUCUAUCCAUGAUGAUCCAAGUUAAGGUAUCCUUUGAUCGUCUCAAUACCGUUUUGCUUGAUGAAGAGCUAGAUAGUAGCAAUGCUAACAGAAGAAAUAUAAACCAAAGUUCGGUUAAUGCUGUGGAAAUCCAAGCCGGAAAUUUCAUUUGGGAUCACGAAUCAGUAUUUCCAACUUUAAGAGAUGUGAAUUUACAAAUUGAACAAGGACAGAAAAUCGCAGUUUGUGGGCCUGUUGGCGCUGGAAAAUCAUCUCUUUUAUUUGCAGUACUUGGAGAGUUUCCAAAGAUCUCAGGAACCGUUAAUGUGUCUGGCACUGUAGCCUAUGUUUCUCAAACUUCUUGGAUACAAAGUGGGACAGUUCGAGAUAAUAUACUCUUUGGAAAGCCAAUGGACAAAACAAGAUAUGAUGAUGCCAUUAAAGUUUGUGCUUUAGACAAGGAUAUUAAUGAUUUUAGCCAUGGUGAUCUGACUGAAAUAGGUCAGCGAGGGAUUAACAUGAGUGGAGGACAAAAGCAAAGGAUUCAACUAGCUCGUGCAGUCUACAAUGACGCUGACAUCUAUCUCCUUGAUGACCCUUUCAGUGCAGUUGAUGCUCACACUGCUGCUAUCCUCUUCAAUGACUGUGUAAUGAUGGCUCUAAGAGAGAAAACAGUCAUUCUAGUCACUCAUCAAGUGGAGUUUCUCUCACAAGUGGAUACAAUCCUGGUAAUGGAAGGUGGAAAAGUUACUCAAGCAGGUAAUUAUGUGAAUCUCUUGACAUCUGGGACAGCCUUUGAACAACUUGUGAGCGCUCAUAAGGAAGCAAUUUCAGAGUUGGAACAAAAUAAUGAAAACAAAACUCAUACAGAAGAGUCUCAAGGUUUUUAUCUCACUAAAAACCAAAGUGAGGGGGAGAUUUGUUACAAGGGUCAACUUGGGGUACAGCUUACACAAGAAGAAGAAAAAGAGAUUGGUGAUGUUGGCUGGAAGACAAUCUGGGAUUAUAUUUCAUUUUCCAGGUGUUCAAUGAUGCUGUGUUGGAUCAUAUUGGGACAAUUUGCUUUUGUUGUUUUACAGGCUGCGUCAACGUUUUGGCUUGUUCAAGCCAUUGAAAUUCCAAAAUUAAGUAGUGUCACCUUGAUUGGAGUUUACUCAUUAAUUUCAUUUGGUGGUACUGCAUUUGCAUUUCUAAGGACUAGCAUUGGUGCACACCUCGGAUUAAAAGCUUCUACAGCCUUCUUCUCAAGUUUCACUACUUCUAUCUUCAAUGCUCCUAUGCUGUUCUUUGAUUCAACCCCUGUAGGAAGGAUUUUAACCCGCGCAUCAUCAGAUUUAACUAUUUUGGACUUUGAUAUACCCUUUUCCAUCACUUUUGUAGCUUCUGUUCCAAUUGAAAUUUUGAUGAUAAUUGGUAUAAUGGUUUACGUAACAUGGCAAGUUCUCAUUGUUGCUGUUCCAGCAAUGGUUGCAUCAAAAUAUGUUCAGGGAUAUUAUCAAGCCUCAGCAAGGGAAUUGAUAAGGAUUAAUGGAACCACAAAAGCUCCUGUCAUGAAUUUUGCAGCUGAGACAUCACUUGGAUUGGUUACUGUAAGAGCAUUUAAUAUGGCAGACAGAUUUUUUAAAAAUUACUUAAAACUUGUGGACACAGACGCAGCACUGUUCUUUUAUUCUAAUGCGGCCAUGGAAUGGUUAGUUUUAAGGAUUGAAACUCUUCAAAAUUUGACAGUCAUCACUGCAGCUUUGCUGCUUGUUCUAGUUCCUCAGGGAUACGUGUCCCCAGGCCUUGUGGGGCUGUCUCUCUCUUAUACAUUCACCUUGACAGGAACCCAAAUAUUUUUGACUCGAUGGUAUUGCAACUUAUUAAACUAUAUUAUCUCUGUUGAGAGAAUCAAGCAAUUCAUUCAGCUUCCAGAAGAGCCUCCUGCCAUUGUGGAGGACAACCGGCCUCCAUCUUCAUGGCCUUCCAAAGGCAGGAUUGACCUUCAAGCCUUAGAGAUAAGAUAUCGUCCUAAUGCUCCAUUAGUGCUUAAGGGUAUCACUUGUACGUUUAAGGAAGGAAGUAGAGUGGGAGUUGUAGGAAGGACUGGAAGUGGAAAAAGUACGCUCAUAAGUGCUCUUUUUCGCUUAGUUGAGCCAGCAAGUGGUGAUAUUCUUAUAGAUGGGAUUAACAUAUGCUCAAUAGGGUUGAAGGAUUUGAAAAUAAAGCUAAGCAUCAUCCCUCAAGAACCAACUCUUUUCAAGGGAAGCAUUAGAACCAACUUGGACCCUCUAGGCCUGUACUCAGAUGAUGAUUUAUGGAAGGCAUUAGAAAAAUGUCAGCUUAAGGAAACUAUCAGCCGUCUACCAAAUCUCUUGGACUCUUUGGUGAGUGAUGAAGGUGGAAAUUGGAGCUUGGGACAGCGCCAACUAUUUUGUCUUGGAAGAGUACUACUUAAGAGGAACAGAAUUCUAGUUCUGGAUGAAGCUACCGCAUCCAUUGACUCUGCCACAGAUGCCAUUCUACAACAAAUAAUUAGACAAGAAUUUGCCAAAUGCACAGUUAUAACAGUGGCUCACAGGGUUCCAACUGUAAUAGAUAGUGACAUGGUCAUGGUCCUCUCCUAUGGGAAACUUGUGGAAUAUGAUGAGCCUUCAAAGCUAAUGGACACCAACUCCUCGUUCUCUAAGCUGGUAGCUGAAUAUUGGUCCAGCUGCAGAAAGAAUUCUCCACAAACGUUAGCAGGCAGCAACAUUGAAUAAUAACACUAUUGAAAAGGGAGAUCACUAAAGGGAGAACAAAUAAAUUGAAGGAAAAUAAAAUAAUUGCAAUUAUAGAAGGGUGUGGAUGCUUUUAUUUAGUUGGCCUUCUUACGCAUAAAUUAGUGUAUUUGUAAGCCUAAUUGGCCUUGAGUUCCCAUCUUUUUUUACCUAGAUCUUCAGUUGUCUACCCAUUUCUUUAAUUAGUUGAGUUGUCAAUGUUCUUUUACCUAAACCUUGAGUUGUUUAGCUUUUUCACUUGGCCUUGAGUUGGCUAGCUUUGUCUUCAAUUGGCCCAGAGUUGCCAAUUUGUCUUUACCAAUAUCUUGAGUUGUCUAGCUUUUUCGUUAGACCUGGAGCUGCUCAUCUUUUCCUUCUUUUGCCUUGAGUUUCUAACCUUUCUUGAAGUGAAUCGGAGUCAAUAAAAGGAGUUAAAAUAGUGACAGUUGACAGAUUAUGCCUGUUUUUUUCUCCAUUCAGAUUGUUAUGCUCAAGUUGCUUCUUGGCAAUAAAAAGGUGAUUGGUGAUUGGUGAUGAA